ACUUUAAAUUAUUUAUUUAAAUAUCCAAUGUUACAAUACGUUUUUAAGUGUAACGGUAAAUUUUAGAUAUAUUUCAUGUAAAUAGACUCUGUUAAGGAUUUCUCUCAUUGAAAAUGGCAACUGAACUAGCAGAAGAUCAGGUCGCAGAGUUCAAAGAAGCGUUUAACUUGUUUGACAAGGAUGGAGAUGGAACAAUAUCAUGUACUGAGUUAGGAACUGUAAUGAGAUCGUUGGGUUGUAACCCUACAGAAGAGGAACUUAGAGAUAUGAUAAAAGAAGUUGAUGCUGAUGGAAGUGGUUGUAUUGACUUUCCCGAAUUUUUGGAAAUGAUGGCUAAACGUUUACAAGACGUAGAUGAAGAAGCGGAACUGCGGGAAGCUUUUAAAGUUUUUGAUAAAGAUGGCAGUGGAAGCAUAAGUAAGGCAGAAUUAAAACUUGUAAUGGAAAAUCUUGGAGAAAAGUUAACUGGGGAGGAAAUUGACGAAAUGAUGGAUGAAGCAGAUAAGGAUGGCAAUGGAGAGAUCGAUUAUGAAGAAUUUGUUGAAAUGAUGAUGAUAAAUGAGAUUUCUGAAGAACAGUUGAGAGAAUUUAAGGAAGCAUUCAGCCUGUUUGACAAAGAUGGUGACGGUACGAUAUCAGCCAUUGAACUGGGUGUUAUAAUGAGGUCAUUAGGUCAAAAUCCAAGUGACCAAGAAUUACAAAACAUUAUCAGUGAAGUUGAUGUUGACGGAAAUGGAAUAAUAGAUUUUCAAGAAUUUCUUACUAUGAUGGCUAAGAAAACAAAAGAUACUGAUUCAGAGGAAGAAAUUAGAGAAGCAUUUAAAGUCUUCGAUAAUGACGGUAAUGGAACAAUUUCAUCAAACGAUCUGAGACAGAUUAUGACGACAUUUGGUGACAAGCUACCAGACGAUGAAAUAGAUGCCAUGAUAAGAGAAGCAGACUCAAAUGGGGACGGUCAAAUCAACUAUAUUGAAUUCGUGAGGAAAAUGUGUAGAUAUUGAAGAAAGGAUGGUCUUAAGAAGAGAUUUUUAUUUAGGCAUUCAUACGCACCAAGACAUUUAAUGAAGCCUUGGUAUUUUGAUGUUUUUCAUUAUUAAAUAUUUAAAACGUAUCAACCUGCACGGUCAAUGCAAGCUGGUAACUGUAGAA